CGUCUGCAGCGCAGAAUCCUCAGGCAGCGACGCCGGGCUACAACCCUCAGUGGUCUGUUCCUCAGCCAGCACAACAGCCCGUGCCUAGGCCACCGCCAGAGCAGUCUGCGCUUUAUGCGAAUUAUGGCUAUGGAAAUCAGCACUGGCAGCAGCAGCAGCAACAGCAGCAACAACGGCCUCCUCAGCAGCACUUUCAGCCUCCGCCGCCUGUAGUCCAGCCGCCUCCGCCUCCUCCACAGCCAGGGUAUAAUCCGUAUCAACCUCAGGCUGGCACGUAUCAGCAGCCCUAUGUGCCCCAGGCGGCACCUCAUGUCAUUCCUCAAGUUCCCUACACGCCCCAGGCUCCUUCGGUUCAACCGUUCCAACAGCAGCAACAGCAGUUCUUCCCGCAUCAACAGAACAGGAACAACAACCGUAAUAACUUGCAUCAGUCCCCGUCGGGACAUCUACCUCCUGCGAAGCGACAACGCUUCGAUGGUCCUAACCAGCAGCGGGGUCCUCUACCUCCGCCUCCUCAGUUCCAAGUUCCGCCCCCGCCGCCCAUGCAGCAGCCACCCACUGGCCCCAUGGCUGGUCCGGCUGGCGGUGGCAUGAAUGGCCAUCAAGGCCCGAAUGUCGGACACGGAAGGGGAGGAGGCCCCGGUGCAAAUCAAGUUCCGCUCGGUGGCCAUCGUGGCGGUUUUGGCGGUGGCCGCGGCGGCAACAUGGGUGGCGGUCGAGGUCGAGGUGGAGGAAUGGGUAUGAAUAGAGGGGGCAACCGCGGUGGGAGGGGUGGCGGCAUGUACAACAACAUGGGUGGCAGAGGUGGCGGUCCUGGGCAAGGUAGCAGCUUCAGAGGACAUGGAAACCGGGGGUUCGGCAACAGGGACAACAGGAGAGGUGGGUCGUUCAAUGCUGGCGCGGGGCAAAACUUCCCCCACGGAAACCCUCCAACACAGCCGGCGCAACAGCAGCCACCGCAUGGUCCUCAGCAGAACUUCUCUGGCUCAUUCCGCGGCCGAAACCAAGGCUAUGCAGGCGGUCACUCUCGUGCCGGACGGCACGACUCCGCGGCGUUGCAUAAAGAUUCCUCGAUAUCUUCUACCGUUUCAUCUGGUAAGAAGGACGAGAAUCGGCGGACUCUCACAGAUUUCAAGAUCGUUGGGCUCGAGAUACAGGACCUGGAUUGGAGCUGGGGGACUGUGCUCAGACCGUCUGCCGUAGCGGACGUCAAGGAAGAGCUUGAUGAUUCUCGUCCUCCUCUCGCUUCUGAGGUGGCAGAGAGCGAAUCUAUCGAGCAGAAGCCCGUUGUCGAUUCCAAUGCUGGUACCGAAGGUCCAGCAGAAUCGGCUGACGUGACUAUCGCUCUGCCAGAGCCGUCGCAGUCUGCUGUUCCCGACGCCACUCCAGUGAAAACUGAGGGUAGCUCUGCUCUGCCUCCUCCACCGUCACGUAUCCGCAUCUACUUCCAUACCCCCGUUACUGCCGAUGAUGCGCAUGCCGUUUCCACUCAGCCUUCUUUCUCUCAUGGGUCGGCAUCCGAAUCAAGCGUUAGGAAGGGCAAGCGAAAGAAACUCGAGGAUGACGAUGGAGACAUUGAAGAUGGUCGCGGUCCUCCGCCCCCGCCCCCUCAGCACUCUGGGUUUGAUCAUGAGGAUUCGAGCGUUGGCGCUGGGCCCGACUUUGAGGCUCUAGACUCUACUGUGGGGAGAGACAGUGCGGCCCCUAGUGUUGCGGAGACUACUAGUGAGGGUGAUUGGCUCAUGGCCGCUAUUGGUGAAGAUGAAGGUGCAGAUGGAGAGCAAGCACAUCCCGAAACUGAGGAUGUGGACGCUGAAGGGGAGCCGGACGAUUAUGAUGGCAAUGACUAUGAUGAAAUGGACACACAGAUGCACGUGGCUGAGUCGGACCAGUCCCACUUUGAAGGGGACGGCCUUCACAGUGAAGAUGCAUCUGCUCGUGACAGCGGCAGCGUCCCGCCAGGCCUGAGCAGCCAUCUUGAACCGUCUCAUGGAGAGAGUGGCUCACCUCAUGGUGACCAAGUUGGCAAUGCAGAUGCGAAUGCACCGUCCGCUCCCCCAGAGCAAAAUGCGUCUGCAGCUCCUCCGCCUCCCGAAGGCGAAAAUUCCUCUCCUGCUGUCGUUUCUCCUGCCACCGAGCCUGCUCCCGCUGCUGAGCCAGUCACCCAGUCCGCUGGUGAUACUGACGGAAGUUCUAGUGUACAGACUGAGCAGCAGGCGAACGGCACCACGGGUACCCCGCACCCUCUUCAAGCGGUCUCGUCGAUCGCCACGAUUCCCGAUACCGAAGCACAACCGGUCGACCCUCAAGACUUCCCUGCGGCUCAACAUCUUGACUCUCAACAAACGCCCGCGUCGCACGGUAUCUCUGUGGAGGCGACCCAGUUGCUGGAGCCUCCAUCCGACCCUUACGAUCCGGAACAUCCACCGUCAUCCGAGACUUCCUCAGUAACGAUGAAUGCGUCCCCUACAAUUACCACAGCGCCGCCAAGCGAAGAGCCUGUGCAAAUUGUGAAACCAGAGGCCAAUGGUGUCCAUGUACCUUCCGCCAAUCGGCUGUCCAUCUCGUAUGCCGCAGGCACGAGACGAAUGGUUAUCGACGCUACUGUUGUCGAGAAACUGAAGGUUUUCCGAUCCGAAGCCCGUAUCGAAGUAUACAUGACGAUCAGCGAGGACAAGGGGCACCUUAAGGGCAUCCUGAUCGAAGGCACAACGGAAGGCUCAACCUCGUACACAGCACUUGCAAUUCCCCAGAAUUCAGAGGACGAUCAGACUGUUCCGUCAUUCAGGAAGGCGACUCUCCCUCUUCAAACUGUUCUUGUCGCGUAUCUUGAUAAGGAACGACCGCUUUCGGAGCCCCGUUGGGUAAAGACUGGUGACGUCCAUGACUGGCUGAAGAGUAUGUUUGGGCGUAUGUUCUGGGUAGCUGGCGAGGCCGCCGAUGGCUGGGAGAAGAAAAUCGAGGUUGUGGACCCCGAUCCCCCACCGACUAUCUGGACUGUCCUCGAGGCUUGGGCCGUCAACUCCAACGUCGGCGUGCAGAACGAGCGGCAGCGCUUCUUGCGCACCCACAUGACAGAGACAGACAACAUUCUCGAGGUUCUGCUCCGCCUCGUGCGGGGCGAGCGCGCGUCGUACUCGCAGUCGGCGCCGGUCAUCUCUGCACCGAGCGUGUCGGGCCCGCUGCUGAGCGCGCUCUCGCAGGGAUCGGCGCAUGCCGCCCAGCAGACGCAUGUUUCCCUCGCCGUCCUGGCGAUCUUCCGUCUUGCCGUCGAAUUUGCGAAGAAGGCGGUCGGGGACGAGGGCAAGACCGAGGUCGAGGAGCGCGUUGGCGAGAUCAUUCGUUGCCUGCCGUCGCAUCUCAUUUAUAAGAGCCUUGACGGCAUCUUCAAAGAGUGGCGCGUCGAGAAGAAGGGCGGGCGGUGAAGCAGUCGACAGUCAUUUGUGAUCUCUUGUUGUUUGCUUGCGACGCGAUGUCGAAUCAACCCC